AUGUUCGAGCCGUCGUUGCUCUAUGCGGCGAGUGAGCGAACGUCGGUCACUUUCGAUGAUCAAGACAUUCGAUCACAGAUAUCGUCAGGGUGGAAUGGAGAUGAUGACCAGAGUUACGCGGAAUUGAUAAGCACCGUGCCGGCACAUUGUUUACAACAGCCACAAGCUGAGGCUCUCUCGCGUGCUUUCGCCUCGAACUCCUCCCUUCCAUUUCUUCACAUAAUUUACUCAUUCAUUUUGCUGAACAGUCGUGUGCAAUGUCUGUCCGAGCAUUUCUCCCAAAUCGACGACAUCACGAAGAUUCUCGCAUUGAAUCCACGGUACAACAAGAAUGCGUAUCCAACACAGAAUAUAGACAAGCCAACUGAUGUGAAAGUGCAAAUGUACAUCGAGGGAAUGUCGUCAUUUCGGGCACAAAGCAUGGAUUUCCAAAUCGACAUUUAUUUGCAAGAGAUGUGGGUGGAUGAGCGAUUGAAGCACAACAACACGAAAAGGAUUCUAAUAAAAGAUCCCAAAUUGUUCAGCUUGAUCUGGCAUCCCGAUUUGUACUUUGCGAACGCGAGAACGGCCAGCUUUCACGAGGUAACUAUGCCAAAUUUUCUCGUUUGGAUCUACCCCAAUGGGACGGUUUGGUACGACUGUCGAGUUUCCGGGUCGAUUUUGUGCGCCCAAAAUCUAGCCAAAUACCCUCUUGAUCGUCAAAUGUGCUAUCUUCGGAUACUUUCAUGUAAGUUCUCUAUGUUUAUUAAAUGU